ACCUUUGCUGGUGCCAUGAACUACAUCUAUGAGCGUCAGCCUUUGAUCGUCAUCUUCGAGAACGUCGAGACCGCACCCUGGCAGAGCACCAUAGACUACGUGUUCCCCCUGUGCGGCUAUAUCGCUACCUUUGUUAGCCUUGAUACCAAAAACUACUAUUUGCCGCAGACUCGCUGCCGCAAGUACCUCAUUGCUUUCAGUCAAGAUGCCUUCACACCAGACGGUGCCAAGGCGCUCUGCAAGGCCUUCCAGGAGGCCAUCAAGAAGAUGGAGCAGCGCUAUUCGAGCUCGGUGACCGACUUCCUCCUGCCCAUCAACAGCCACGAGCUUCACCGCGCCCGCAACGAGAUGGAGCUAAUGGCUCAGUCCAGCCGAGAAAAGGAUACAGACUGGAGCUUUUCGCGGUCCCGCCACACCGCAUUCCGACGUUUGUACCAGAUACCUGACGAGCGCCCCUGGAUCCGCUGGAGUGAAAGGGGCAGCUCGCGUGCUCCAGCCAAAAUGUGGAAGCCGUGGGAGGCCAAGCAAACAAAUCGCGUCAGCGAUUUGCUUGAAUGUGUGUUUCUUAUCGCUGUCUUUGGCAGGAAUACCAAGCACAGCGCGUAUGACCCGCGACACAAGGCGCAGAUAAUUGACUGCAGCCAAAAUGUCGAUCGGGUCAACAUGGCGACGGCGUUUGGUGCCACCGGGUGCCUCACGCCGUCGGCUAUCCCGGUCCUUACCUUGGAGGCCCGACCCAUCACAGGGUCCGAGGCCCUGAAACUCCAGGGUCUGCCUAUCGAGAGUUUCGACAUGAGCUCCGAGACGCAGACCCAACUUCAGGACCUCGCCGGGAACGCGAUGACCACUACGGUGGUUGGGGCAGUCAUCCUGGCUGCCCUA